AUGUGGGGAGCAGACGCAGCGGCGAGCCCAACAAAAUCGUCUCCCUUUGGAGGUGGAUUUGGGUCAAGAGAGAACGACAUUGAAAAUGUAGCUCCUGGCAAUGCUGCAAAUGGAGAGACAGCAGCAGAAAGUCCAUUAAGUCCAUCUCUCUCGCAGGAACCUCCAGCAAUCAUCACAGAGAGCAUUGCCCCCGAGCCCCCACUACCUGACUACCCACCAGUGUCGACUCUUGCCAGAACUGAGCUUCCAUCUGACAUGGAGUUUGUGGAAGUCAUCAUCACCUCGUUGGCCGACCUCCCAAACUUUUACGUCCACCUGGCAACAGAGCAGAGUCACCACGAGCUCGCUAAGCUGUUGGACGAACUCAACUCAGGUACUCUCCCCGCCCCAUCUUCGCACCCUCCGUCGCAAGGCCAGGUGGUCGUCUGCAAGUACCCCGUGGACAACGUCUGGUACAGAGCCUCUGUCGUCGGGACACACGAUGACAAAUCCGUUGUCAAGUUUAUCGAUUACGGCAACGAGGAGGUCGUACCGUUGGCAAACGUUGUUCCCUGUCCACCAGAGCUGCUCAAGCAACCAGUCCUCUGUGUCAAGUGCACCCUCCACGGAGUGUACCCCCCGCCUCCUGCUUACCACUGGUCGCCAGAGGCUGCCUCGUUCCUCCAGCAGUACUGUGGGAGGACUCUGCUGGUUCGUAUGGAGUCCCGCGAUGCCCUCCACGGAACCCCCUCCGUACACCUCGUGGAUUCCUCAGGCUCUGGGGAAAUCUCCAUCGCUGUCGAGAUGGUCCGUGCCGGUCUGGCUGCACCGAGCCCCCCAUCCACACCAAAGACGCCACCAACUGAACCAUCUCCCACUACCUCAACCGCCACUCCACCCUCGUCUGUGAAGAAAGACGACCAGUCUGUAAGAUACCUCUCUCGAAUCAAACUUCCCAGAGAAAGUGAGUUUGAGGUUCUGGCCCUGAGUGUCAGUUCCUUCACUGGUGUGUACAUACACCCAGUGUCUCCCGAAACACCCCACUAUCUUUCCACUUUCAUGAAAUCCAUCUCAGAGUUCUGUUUUGCCCAGACCACACCCCCAGCCACACACCCUCCAGUUGGACACUACUGCCUGGCUCUGUUUGACGGCAGUUGGUACAGGGCAAAGGUCGAGUCGUUUGACUCCGCCCACAGCAAUCUGGGUGUUUUCUUCGUCGAUUAUGGCAAUCGAGAAACGGUCCGACUGACCCAGAUUCGAUCGAUGCCUGCCCAAUUUACCGAUGUCCCGAAGCUGGUUCUCAAAUGUGCGCUGUACGGAAUAGAGCCCCGUACUGCCUUGGAACCGGACCCCACCAUCCUGGCUCUCUUCAGCCAGCUGGCUACCAGCUCCACAUUAAAGUGUCGCGUCGUGAGCUACCAGCCUCUCCUGGUUGACCUUGUAGACCCUGCAACCAGCUGCUCUCUGAGGGACAAGCUGGGCCUCUCUCCCCUCCCUCCCACUGCCCUGUUCUCCGUGGAGACCAGCUCCCUGGGAGAGGGAGGCAAGUCCCAUGUCCAAGUGACUGAGGUCCACGGACCCAACGACUUCUGGGUCCAAUCGGUUGAGUCUCCCAACCUGCACCAGCUCAACCCACUCAUGGAGAAGAUACACAGCCACUGUUUGAGUGUGUCUCCCUCUCACCCUCCGGUACUGGGAGAGCUGUCGUGUACAAAGUUCUCAGAGGACCAGACGUGGUACAGGGCAAGGGUCAUCGGCUUCCCCUCUCUCACACAGUGCAAAGUUCGUUUCCUUGACUACGGGAAUUGUGAAGUGUGUGAGGUGUCGACGGUGGUUCCGGCUACAGAGGAGCUGCUGCAGCUCCCGGGGUUGGCCAUCCACUGUGGUCUGUAUGGCCAGGAGACCACGGGGGAGAGGGGGGACGGGGGCGGGGGGGAUUUCAGGGUUAUGGUGGAGAACCAGAUACUGGAGGUUGAGGAGAAGGGGUGGGGGAGGGGACAGGCUGUGGUGGCUCUGACUGGACCGAACGGUCCUAUCGAGAUAUGA